CGGCGUUGGCUUCCGGGUCUCGGGGCAGGCGCCGUCCGCUCGCUCCUGGCUCGCCGGCGCCGUAGCGCGGGCGGGCACUAUGCGCAGACGCGGGCCUUGGCUUAAGAUGGCGGCGGCGGAUAAACAGAAGCACGAGCAUGGGCGAGUGAAGAUCGGGCACUACAUUCUGGGCGACACGCUCGGCGUCGGUACCUUCGGCAAAGUCAAAGUUGGCAAACAUGAGUUGACUGGCCAUAAAGUUGCAGUGAAGAUUCUGAAUCGACAAAAGAUCCGCAGCCUUGAUGUUGUAGGAAAAAUCCGCAGAGAGAUCCAGAACCUUAAACUCUUCAGGCAUCCUCACAUAAUUAAGCUGUACCAGGUCAUCAGUACACCAACUGACAUUUUCAUGGUCAUGGAGUAUGUUUCAGGAGGCGAACUGUUUGAUUAUAUCUGUAAAAAUGGAAGGCUUGAUGAGAAGGAAAGUAGACGUCUGUUCCAGCAAAUCCUCUCUGGUGUGGAUUACUGUCACAGGCAUAUGGUAGUACAUAGAGAUCUGAAGCCUGAAAAUGUGCUGCUUGAUGCACACAUGAAUGCCAAGAUAGCUGACUUUGGUCUAUCAAAUAUGAUGUCAGAUGGAGAAUUUUUAAGAACAAGCUGUGGUUCCCCUAACUAUGCUGCACCAGAAGUAAUUUCAGGAAGGUUGUAUGCAGGCCCAGAAGUAGAUAUUUGGAGCAGUGGAGUUAUUCUCUAUGCUUUGUUAUGUGGAACGCUUCCAUUUGAUGAUGAUCAUGUGCCAACCCUUUUCAAGAAGAUAUGUGAUGGUAUCUUUUAUACCCCUCAGUACCUGAAUCCGUCUGUAAUUACUCUUUUGAAGCACAUGCUGCAAGUGGAUCCAAUGAAGAGAGCAACAAUCAGAGAUAUUAGGGAACAUGAAUGGUUUAAGCAGGACCUUCCAAAAUACUUGUUUCCUGAAGAUCCAUCCUAUAGCUCCACCAUGAUUGAUGAUGAAGCCUUAAAAGAAGUAUGUGAGAAGUUUGAAUGCACUGAAGAGGAAGUGCUAAGCUGUCUAUACAGCCGAAAUCAUCAGGACCCUUUAGCGGUUGCUUAUCACCUCAUUAUAGAUAAUAGAAGAAUAAUGAAUGAGGCCAAAGACUUUUACUUGGCUACUAGCCCACCAGAUUCUUUUCUUGAUGAUCACCAUCUUUCUCGUCCUCAUCCUGAAAGAGUGCCAUUUUUAGUAGCAGAAGCACCACGUCCUCGUCACACUCUUGACGAGCUGAAUCCACAGAAGUCAAAACACCCAGGUGUAAGAAGAGCUAAGUGGCAUUUGGGCAUACGGAGUCAGAGUCGACCAAAUGAUAUCAUGGCUGAAGUUUGUCGGGCAAUCAAACAAUUGGAUUACGAAUGGAAGGUUGUAAAUCCCUACUACCUCCGUGUCCGAAGGAAGAAUCCAGUAACAAGUGCAUAUUCCAAAAUGAGUCUACAGUUGUAUCAGGUGGACAGCAGGACGUAUUUACUGGACUUUCGCAGCAUUGAUGAGGAAAUCACUGAAGCAAAGUCUGGGACUGCAACUCCACAGAGGUCAGGGUCUGUGAGCAACUAUAGAUCCUGUCAAAAAGAAGCAGAUGGUGAUGCACAAGGAAAAUCUGCAGAUACAUCCCUUACCUCAUCAGUGAGUUCUUCUCUUGACUCUUCCACAGCUGACUUAACUCCAAGACCAGGGAGUCAUACAAUAGAAUUCUUUGAGAUGUGUGCAAACCUUAUUAAAAUACUUGCACAGUAAUUUUGAAGAUGGGCUUAUUUCUUUUAUAGCAAUAAGCUUGCUUAAAUUGUAGUCAGAUGCUUUCAGUUGUAAUCAAAUUAAAUUAACUAAGGCGAUGAAAAAGCUAACCACAAGAAAGCAAUUUGCACAGGGAUUGAAAUGAUUAUUGGCAAUUAACACAUUAUUUUGAAGCUGGAGUGAAUUCUGAUUGUCUGCUGUUCAAUAGCAUAGUAAAGGUACAGGAAAAAUCCUGCCCUUGGGGCAGUGUUAAUAAUAAUUUACACUGAGUGCACAUUAAGCUGCAUACAACAUUUAAGUUAGAUGAACCUUCUUGCUUUUUUCACUAGUAAUACAUACAUUCAAUGCACUAAGUAAAUAUACACUUACUAGUACAGUGACCUAAGUAUAACUAGUUGGUCGCCUUCUACAGUUGUGCCUCAGCUGGUGGGAACUAUCAUCUUCUAACAGUAAUGUGUUAAAACUGCUGUGUUUCUUGCCCCUGAUUUGGCAGUAAAUGAGAAAUAUUUUCGUGUGUUGCACUGUAGUACUUUUAACAACUGAUAAAUCUGAUUAAAUGCAUGCAAAUCCAUGCAUGUAGGUGCUCUGUAGUGCACUAAAGGUGUGAAAUUUGGUUGCCUGUGAGUAGAACAAUUCGAGUCCACAACAAUGGUGAGAGACUUAAUGCUAAGAAGACUUGGUGCCCUGUGGGCUAAAGCACAUUGUUGCUUUGUGAAGUAAAAACUGUGGGCAAGCUCCUGGUCGGUGCACUUAAACUUUAGUGUGUGGCUGCAGCACAGCAGCUCCCCACUGCUACUGCAGGCUGAGAAUCCUUUUACUCAGAAAUGUGCUUGUAGUUAAGGGGUGGUGCAUGCUGUUCCAGGAUCUGAAAUAGAUGUUUUAAAGUAUGUUAAUACUUUGAUGCAGCUGUUUAUCACAUUAACUUAGCAUGCACUGUAGAAUUCACUUUGCAGUUGAAACUACAUAUAUAGGUUAGGUUUUAUUAGGCCACCUUCAUAGGAACUUUGCUAUUAAAAUUAAUUGUAAAAUUAAGUAGUCUCAACUUUUUCAGCUGAACAUUGAAAAACUGAUUUUGAGAACUUGAGCAGCGCUAGCAUUCAAAAUGUUUUCAACAGUAGAUUGCAAUUGCCAGUACCACAAAGCCUUCUGCAUUUAUUUUUUGCAGCAUUUCAGGAAGAAAAUUGACCCAUAUGUUAAAAAUCACAGCUAGUACUUUCAGAAAAAAAACAUUUAAUCUCCUUUAAAUUUAAUUAGCUAACUUACAUUUUCAUCUAUCAUAAACAGUAAAAUAUGUCAUGAUACAUUUAGUUUUGCAUUCAAUAACUUUCUUUAAACUUCAUGACUUACUCAGUUUCAAAGGUUGCUCUCCCAAGGAGAGAUUGAAAAUCAGGGCAUUACUGUGAACAAUGAGACCUGUACUGUUAAAAGUGAAUGGGGAUUCUUGCCAUUGACUGAGCAGAUAAAAGAACAGUUUAAUCCAGUCCAACAGACUUCAGCCCAGAAAUUCGUCUGUUACGAACAUUCACAGAAUCUGAAGAAACAAAGCUGCUUUAAGCCCUCGAACUGCUGUAAACUGCAUUCUGAACUGGGCAAUUAUGUGUUCUGUCUGGUAUGUUGUUAAAAAGUUACAACUUCAUUUCUUUAUCUUCAAAUGUCACACAUGGUCUGUGUAAUGCAAGGUUGUAUUACUGUACCUCAGACUGGAAGGCUUUCCUUAGGUAAAGCUUUGGGUUUAAACUCCUGAAACUGAGAUGUCAACAGGAGGGACCAGCUGCAACUUAGAAGUAUAAGUCAUGUUUUUAGUCUUGUACAAAUUGGUUCUGAGGUACUGAGUCAAUCGCUGUGUUCAUUUUCGUUACCCUUUUAAAGUUAAGUAUUGCACUUGUACAAAUACAAUAAACGCACAGGUUUUUAACUGUAAUUUCUCAUCUGGAAUUGGUUUGGGAUCACUCUUGCAUGUUUAAGUACUUGUACAUGAUAUAUGCUCCUUGUAUGCUGACCACACAUGCAGGAUGUCAAGGUGCAGGUAGCAUUUAAUUUUUAUAUAAUUUUUUGGCCCUCUUGUGCAUUAAGGGAACUGUGUUGGUUUUUUUUUCCUUUGUCUUAUUAUCUGGAGGUUAGAGUAAGUUUCUGGCACAAGCAUACCAUGUGUAGUUUUAAAUAAAGUUAAUCUUACUGGUAUGAUAAAUCACAUCACUUUUGGUGGCCAAAAGUUUUCUCAUUGAAGUGAGAUUUUUAUAGGGGAUAAGGGAGGAGAAAGGGGGACUGGCAGCCUCGUUGAACAGUUGUCUGUUGUGUGACUUUCCCGUGCUUUGUAGAUCUUGCUGUUGAAAUAGCUUUCUCCAUGUUCCUACUGAUCUUGCAGGCCUUCUUUUAAGCAUCACGCUAAUAUCUGCCAAUAGCCUGUAAAAGAAAAUUUCACUAAGAAAGCUGCCAGGGCUGUAAGGAGGCAGCUUAUGCAAAUACACAGAUUGGUCAGUUAUGUUACUCUAUGCCCUUGCUUGCUCCUCUUGGAGUACAUUGAAUUAUCUUGCCUUUGUAUUGUAUUUUUUCAAAAACACAGAUGAACCUGAAUUGUCCAUAUGCAAUAUAACUCACCUGGUAAUGGAUAAAACUCAUCUUGGUUGUGCAAUAUGAAAAAAAAACUUUCAUGCUUGUCUUGAUACAAGUGUUUAAUACAGACUUGGAAAUAAAGUUUAUUUUACCAGUUGAUUACCGUUGUAAGAUAUGAAGUCCUGUUCUUUUAACAAAGAUGUGCCUACUUCCUAUGUUAAUUUCUUUUGACAAAGCUGAAUGGCAAAAAUGCUUGUUUAUAACUGUAUAACUUUUUAAACUUUCAAAACUAAAUAAAUAUGGAAAACUGAAACAGCA